CCCCAGGGAUGAGAAUGGUGGGUCGGGGAGGGGUCCGCCGGCUGGAGGUCUGGCCACGCCCCUCCUCUCCCCCGCCCGCCGCGGGGGCGGAGUCGCUUGGGCCCCGCCCGCGGGGGCGGGGAGGGAGCCAAGGCCGCCGGCCGCUCGCGCUCGGCUGGUUCCGGGUUGAGAAGCGGCGCUCGGACUGGAGCAGUGGCUGCUGAAACAGCGCGGGUAAGGGCCACGCCGGACCGAGUGUUGGGGCAGGGACCCGGCAGCGGAGCGUGCUUACACCCCUCCUCUUUUCUGCCAGGCACAGCCGUGAUACGGCGCCUCCUGACUUCCCCCUCCCUCAGAAUUCCCCAUCCCCAGCUUCUCCCCCUCCCCCCAUUGCACCCAUCCCGGGAUUUUGGCCCCCCUAAGGCCUCCACAUCCCCACCCGGAUCCCCUUCUUCUAGGACCCAUCCCUUCACACUGCCCCUUCUCUACAGCCUCCUUGCCUGGAGCGCCUUUCCUCAGACACCCGCGGCCCCUCCCUCCAGCACCCAUCGCUCCGGAUCACCCCACUACCUCGAGACCACCUUCCUGGGCUCGCAUCCUGAGUAGUCUCUACCUCGCACCCUCUCCUCGCGUUGCCUCCUCCAGGAGAGCCCCCCUUCCCUCUCCUGAAGUUCCUACUCCAACCUCUCCCGGCCUGAUUGCCGCACCCACCCCUCGGUGCUGCUCCCGACAGCGCCGCGCUCUCAGCCGCCCCCCGCCCCCUGCAUCUCAAGCCCCACUCUCCGCUGCCCCCGGCUCCAUGGCGUGCAGCCUCAAGGACGAGCUGCUCUGUUCCAUCUGCCUGAGCAUCUACCAGGACCCGGUGAGCCUGGGCUGCGAGCACUACUUCUGCCGCCGCUGCAUCACCGAGCACUGGGUGCGGCAGGAGGCGCAGGGCGCCCGCGACUGCCCAGAGUGCCGGCGCACGUUCGCCGAGCCCGCGCUCGCGCCCAGCCUCAAGCUGGCCAACAUCGUGGAGCGCUACAGCGCCUUCCCGCUGGAUGCCAUCCUCAACGCGCGCCGCGCCGCGCGACCCUGCCAGGCACACGACAAGGUCAAGCUCUUCUGCCUCACGGACCGCGCGCUGCUGUGCUUCUUCUGCGAUGAGCCCGCGCUGCACGAGCAGCAUCAGGUCACCGGCAUCGACGAUGCCUUCGAGGAGUUGCAGAGGGAGCUGAAGGAGCAGCUUCAGGCCCUUCAGGACAGCGAGCGGGAGCACUCGGAGGCGCUGCAGCUGCUCAACCGACAGCUAGCAGAGACCAAGUCUUCCACCAAAAGCCUGCGGACCACCAUCGGCGAAGCCUUCGAGCGUCUGCACCGGCUUCUGCGAGAGCGGCAGAAAGCCAUGCUGGAGGAGCUGGAGGCGGACACCGCCCGCACACUGACCGACAUCGAGCAGAAAGUGCAGCGCUACAGCCAGCAGCUGCGCAAGGUGCAGGAGGGGACCCAGAUCCUGCAGGAGCGGCUGGCCGAAACUGACCGGCACUCCUUCCUGGCUGGGGUGGCCUCGCUGUCUGAGCGGCUCAAAGGGAAAAUCCAUGAGACCAAUCUGACCUAUGAAGACUUCCCGACCUCCAAGUACACAGGCCCCCUGCAGUACACCAUCUGGAAGUCCCUGUUCCAAGACAUCCACCCAGUGCCAGCCGCCCUGACCCUGGACCCAGGCACUGCCCAUCAGCGCCUGAUCCUGUCUGACGACUGCACCAUCGUGGCCUAUGGCAACCUGCACCCACAGCCUCUGCAGGACUCGCCCAAGCGCUUCGACGUGGAGGUGUCAGUGCUGGGCUCCGAGGCCUUCAGCAGCGGCGUCCACUACUGGGAGGUGGUGGUGGCCGAGAAGACCCAGUGGGUGAUCGGGCUGGCACACGAGGCCGCAAGCCGCAAAGGCAGCAUCCAGAUCCAACCCAGCCGCGGCUUUUACUGUAUCGUGAUGCAUGACGGCAACCAGUACAGCGCCUGCACCGAGCCCUGGACGCGGCUCAACGUCCGCGGCAAGCUUGACAAGGUGGGCGUCUUCCUGGACUACGACCAAGGCCUGCUCAUCUUCUAUAACGCCGACGACAUGUCCUGGCUCUAUACCUUCCGCGAGAAGUUCCCCGACAGGCUGUGCUCCUACUUCAGCCCCGGGCAGAGCCAUGCCAACGGCAAGAACGUGCAGCCCUUGCGGAUCAACACCGUCCGCAUUUAGCGCGGCGGCGGAGGGAGACAGCAGGCGCUGGGCCACGGCCACCAGCAAGAUCCCUGCCCUGGGGAAGGGAGGCGGGGCUCCGGCCCAGCUUGGCAGCUAUGGGGUGCCGGGCGGUUGUUCACCCUGCAGCCUCCAUUUUCGUCAGUAAAAUGGAGGCUGUGCUCCAUGAUUCCUAAACUCUCUAACAGCAUUGAUGUUCUGUAACUCUGACCUUGACGGGGGUGCAGCUUUGGUCCAAGGAUGUGACACAGCUUCUCCUCAGGGCAGCCCCUGCCCAACCCUUAUCCCCAUCCUCUCAGGGACAGGGGACUUCCUCCCUUUGUCUCCCUCCUGCCCGGACGCCCGAUCUCAGGAUGUGUCAGAGUGUUGCCAGCAGGUGGCAGCAGCGAAGAUACACAGAACUCAUGCUCCCAGGCCUGAUGCCCUGACCCAGCUAGUGAUGGGCCCUUUUACCCUUGACCCCAGCCCACAUGGACACAGGCAGUAGCUGGUCCUAGGGUUGCCGAAGAACCACCCUCCUCUUCUACCUCCGACCCAAGAGCUUAACAGUUCCUGCUCUUCCCACUUACCUGCAGGCAGAGAUGGUGCUAUGGCCUGCGGAAAGCACCCAGUAAUUGAGCCCACGUUAGUCCCUGAGCCACCACCUUCCUGCCCACAGGUCUAAUGACAGGAUGAUGGCACUCACCGAGCCCACUAGCCUAAAGGCAGCUGCGGGACAGCAUCGCUGGAUGAUGGAGGUUCCCUGCAGCUUGGGAAGGGGCCAGCCAGGCCUGUGACCAGGCUAGGCUGUGAGGAGCCACUGUUUUAGCCCUAAGGACCUGAGUGGUGGGACAUGCUGUUGGCUGGCACCUCUCAUCAGGCUUGGCAUUCAUCUCAGGAUCAUGUUGCAGAAAAGAAGAGCUGCUUUUAGCUAGUUUAAUUAGAUAAGAUUUAUUACUAGGCCCCCGAUGGCUUUAUAAAACCACUGGAAGGGCUGGAGAUGCAGACUAUUCGCUGAAAUUUCCAGGACCACCUCCCAGACAACAGAUUCAUAUGGUCUCUCCUGCCCAGGAAUGCUUUGAGAAGCCACUGAAUCAGGCAGCCACUGACGACUGUCUCUUGUGCUACCAUCCAAGUCAGCAAAUGGACGUCCCUAGACCUGCCUCUCUCCCACUCAGUUCAGUUCCCAAAUCCAAAUCACUAUAAGGGAUUUUUUUGGGGGAAACUUAGAUGAGAUCCAGAACCUUGGUUACAAGAGGGCCUGGGAAAUGUAGUUUUCUCUGUAGCCUCAGUCACAUCAAAAGGCCAACCAGAAGGAAGAAAGAAUGGAUGUUGAACAUCCAUCCAUGGUUUUUACCACAAGUCUUUGGCUUUGAAGCAGCAGAACCUCCGUGGCUGUGUGCCUGCCCAGGGGCCGGAGCCAAUGGGUAGGCCUGCAGGACCAAGCAAAAAUGUCUCUCCAGCCAUAGCUUUUCUUUCUAGUCCUGGGUCCUAGAUCCUGAACUUGGGGUCUCUGCCCAUACCCAUCCCAAAGGAGCCAGACUAAUUUAACUCAGCAGCUCCCACCUCACAACUGCUACAUACAGGGCCUCCCUUGGGCAGGGGAAAUCCUCAGCAGUCACCCCACCCAUUCAUCUACCAGAAUCUGGGCCACUCCAACAGUAUUUUUUUUUUAAAUAUUGCCCAUUUUGUGAGUUAUGAUGAAUUUGUAUUAAAUUAAAGUUACAGGGUGUCAGUGGUCAGUUCCAUUCAUUUUGACAAACAAAAAGGCCCAUCUAUUCUGUCCAAGGCAAUGUACAUACAUUAGCAUGGCUAAUCCACAAAGCAACCCUAAUAGGUAGAUAGUAUUCUGUCCAUUUUACAUAGGUAGAAAAAUGAGGUUCAGAGAAAGGACAUGACUUGCCUACAGUCCCGUAUCCCAAAGUGAUAAGUGAUGGGGCUUGGAUUAGAAUAAAGCCAGCACUCACAUCCCAACUUAUUAGCCUGGAAGACUCAGUCUUUGCUUGGAGGAGGGGGUGGUGGUAGCCUUAGGAGCAGAGAGCUCAUGAGACAUUGGCAAGAGUCUGGUCUCUUGUAUUUCACAGAACUGGCUUGAAUCCAGGCUCCAUCACCACAUGACUUUAUAAAGAGAUGACUUAACCUCUCUGGUUGUGUUUUCCUACAUGGAAAGUAGGGAUAAUAACACCAUUCUAAUGAUUUAUUGCUAAGCUACAAAGUACAGUGCACUUGGGGAGGCCCUGCCUCUCACUCCAGCUGCCUCUCAGAGUCAGUGCCUGGAACUGUGUGUUUUCUGAACGUCUGGGCUGGCUCUGACC